AUGAAAUAUAUUAUAGAACAUAUGGAAGCUGGCUUUAGCGAAUGGGUUACUUUGGAAUAUGCACAGAUCAUUCGUGAUAUUGGCCAUGAAAACUUGAUUCUGACAUCUUUGCCUAAGAAUACAGCUGAAUCAGAUAUUCCAGCCCUAUUGAAAAAGUUGGGAUUGCAAUGGACUACUGAACCUAUUGAUAAGAUUAAUGUUGUGUUUCCAGAACUAAAGCCCUUGGCCGAAAGGAGAGUCUGUUUGCUGGAUCCACGGGCCCCCACAGGCCUAACUCCAACUGAUGCAGACGCAUAUGACUACUUUGUAUUUGGAGGAAUCUUGGGUGAUCAUCCACCAAGAGAUCGCACAAGCGAACUCAUGGUAAAGUACCCAAACCUUCUAAUCAACAAAAGAUUAGGUGACAAACAAAUGACCACAGACACUGCCAUAAGAACUACACAGUUAAUUGUUGAAAAACAGCUCCCGUUCGAGAACAUAAAAUUUAUUGAUUAUCCUGAAUUUAAAUUCAGCAAGCAUGAGGCUACCGAAAUGCCCUUCAGGUACAUCCUGGAUGAUAAUGCCAGACCAAUCCUUCCCGAAGGCAUGUUAGAACUAAUCAAAAAAGACUCCGAAAAAAGCCUAGACGAUCUUCUGUAA